GGAUUUUUAGAAUUUAUCUUCUUACCGCACAUAAUUUUUCUGCACACUCUUCAAAAUGAGUGAGAGUUCAGAGAGUAGGAAAAGACAGCUGUAUCUAGUUUAUUUGAUUUCACUUAUAGAUUUGUUCAGUGUAAGUUUAGUGAUACCUAUUCUGUCUACACAUUUGCUAUCUUUAGGCAUCUCACACGUACAAAUAGGACUUCUAGGGUCUGUGUAUUCUUUUAUGCAGUUGCUUUCAGGUCCAUGUAUCGGGAGUUGGAGUGAUGUGAGUGGUCGCAAAAAUGUUUUGGUUCUCUCUCUAUUCAUUUGUUCAGCAUGUUACCUACUUCUAGGCUACUCUACGGCAUUUAUCUUUAUUCUGCUCUCCAGGUUUAUUCUUGGUAUUAUCAAAAGCACACAGAUUUUAUGCAAAACAAUCAUAGCAGACAUUACCCCGCCAAGUCAGCAGCUUGAAGCGUAUGGACUUUUCACAUCUAUUACAUCUCUAGGAUUUGUCAUUGGUCCCUCGUUUGGGGGACACAUUGCUGAGUUAGAAAAUGGAUUCAUGUAUGUUUGCUCAAUUACCAGUUUUUUAUUCAUUGUCAAUUCCCUUAUAGUUAUUUUUUUCGUGAAGAAUUCCAAGGAUAACUUGAAAGUGCAAAAUUCUAAUGCCUCUGUCAUUGAGCAAGUCAAGUUGACGUGUAUGAAAUUAAUUUCCAUUAAAUGGGAGAAACAUUAUCCGGUCUUUCUAGUCAGGUUCCUCAUUGGAGUAUCAGUAUUCAUGUUUUUCUCCAACUACACAUCAUACAUGAAAGAGACCUUCAAAAUGUCACCGUCAACAAUUGGUUACACUGUCUCAUUCCAAGGAUUCAUAAGCGCAGCUGCUGGUUUUGCUUUUAAGUACGUUCAUAUCGCAGAGUCAAGCAUAGUGCGAUGUUAUUAUUUAUUAAUUUUACUGAGCAUCAGUUUUUUCUUUUUGACGUUUGUUCACUCAUUUUCCUUGUUUAUGUUUUUCUUAGUUCCAUUGUUUGUUAGCCAUUCUUUAUUGAGAGUUGUUACGAUCGAGAUGGUGUUCGAGAACAGUGAUUCCUCUGAGAGAGGAUCACUCAACGGUGCAUUCAAUAGUGUCAUGUCAGUUGCCAAACUAAUAACACCUCUCAUCUCGGGUUUUGUCAUUGAUAGCUAUGGUUACAAGGCAGUAUUGUUCAUUUCUUUCCUCUUGUGUGGAUUAGCAGCCAUUUUUUGUAAAUCCGUUUGUAAGAACAAAAUACAGAGUAAGAUUGAAUAAUACUUUUCAAUAAAAAGUUUAUUUUGCAUAA